AUGUCGCGGAGACCGCCCAAUCCUGCCGCCGAGCGCGCGGCACAGAACCAGCAGACCCUCAAGAGCCUCCUCAAGCUCGAGACAAACAAGACGUGUGCUGAUUGCAAGCGCAACAAGCAUCCACGAUGGGCCAGCUGGAACCUCGGCGUCUUCAUCUGCAUCCGAUGCUCCGGUGUGCAUCGCGGAAUGGGCACACACAUCUCUCGAGUCAAGUCGGUUGACCUCGACGCCUGGACAGACGAGCAACUUCAGAGCAUCCUGAAAUGGGGCAACGCACGUGCGAACAAGUACUGGGAAUCCAAGCUGGCGGCCGGCCACGCCCCUUCCGAGGCCAAGAUCGAGAACUUCAUCCGCACAAAGUAUGAGCUCAAGCGUUGGGUCAUGGACGGUCCGAUGCCCGAUCCCUCCACACUCGGAAGCGAGGGCGAUGAUGACGUGCCCCUGAGCGUGGUCAAGGAGAAGCAGAACCUCGAGAGGAAGGAGUCGCUCAAGCGCGGUCCCGUCGCACCUCCUCCUCGUGCCGCCCCUCAAGCCGACCUCAUCGGCGGCGAUGACCUCCCUCCGCGAGCCAGUACAGCUGGGCCUUCUUCUGCGCAAGCUCCGCCACCUCCCAAAGCCGCCCCUGCGCCUCCCAAAGUCGCCAAUACCAAAGACUCCUUGCUCGGCCUCGACUUCCUUGGGGAGGUGCCCGCUGCUCCCCCUCGGCCGUCCAGCACUUCCAACACUGGCGGGCUCAGCAACCAGUCAAGACCGGAUCUCAAGCAAUCGAUUCUGUCACUCUACGCUUCAGCACCCCGGCCUCAGCCGCAGACACAGCAGUCUGGUCACGCUUCGCAGGGCUCAUUUGGUGGGUUUGGGGGCAUGCAGUCUGCAGGUUCCCCCCAGCAAAGCCAACAAGCUUCGAAUGCAAGCUUCAACGAUGCUUUCGCCAGCUUGAGCUUUGGCAACAUGACCUCGCCUACGCAAAGUCCGCCACCGCAGCGCGAUGCCUUUGCUGGCCUUGGCAGCAGCAUGUCGAGUCCGCGAUCUCCGCCUCAACAAACGUCCUCGUUCUCGAGCCUCGGCGGUGGCAGCUUCUUUGACGCAAAGCCAUCGGCGCCGAAGCACCAGGCUAAGCCCUCUGCCUCUUCCAACGAUCCUUUUGCAGCAUUUGGCGGUACUACCUCGCCGAAGCCAGCUCAGCAAUCCGCGUCUUCCGGCCUCGGCGAUAUGCUCGACUGGUCAUCCCCGGCCCCGCAGCCAGCAGCGGCUAAGCCCAAGGCCGUCUCUCCACCAGCAGCCGCAUCUACAGAUGUAUUCAAUCUGUCCUCUAAGCCCGUUGCCGCCCCGGCGCCCAAGCCGGUCGCCGCCGCAGUUCCCAGUGGACUAAGUGGGGCUGACGUCUGGGGCAGUAACGCCUGGGGAGCGCCAGAGCCAGCGCCUGCGGCGUCUCCAGCGCCUCCCGCCCAGGCAACUCCUUCUUUUGGUAGUGGCUGGGGCAGCAGCACCACAAGCAACUCUUUUGCCAGUCAGAGCAUUGUACCGGGAGCGUCUGGGGGCUUUGCACCCGCGCCCAAGGUCGCGGCGGACGAGGAGUUUGGCGGCUGGACGACCAGCACGACGACAACAAGCGGUAAUGCUGGUGCGGCCAAGACCGGCGGCAACGACGAUCUAUUCUCAAACGUAUGGCAGUAG